AACUCCUACUUCAUGGACGUUAAGUGUCCCGGUUGCUAUAAAAUCACCACUGUCUUCAGCCAUGCUCAGACUGUGGUUCUGUGCGUGGGCUGCUCAACUGUGCUGUGCCAGCCCACAGGAGGAAAAGCAAGGCUUACAGAAGGAUGUUCCUUCAGACGAAAGCAGCACUAACCUAAACAAGAGCAUCUCUGAGAUAGGUGGGACUAACCGCACAAUGACCACACGCAGGUACAUGUGCCCCUAGGAGCACAGGACUCUACCUCAAAGCACUGGUGCGAUGGGCCAGGUGCUUUGCAGAACCAGAACGUGGCUGGAGAACAUGACUGACUGUCCUACUGUCCGUGUAGGCUCACCCAUCUCAUUCUCAAUAAAUUUUGGAUAAAACA